AUGAGGAAAGAAGAGGAGGGUUUUAUACUUACAAUUGAUAGCGAUGCAGAGUAUGAAAAUGUAAGUGAGCUGUCAGAAGAAGAUGAGGAAGCUGAGAGAAGGAAAGAAGAGGACGUAAAUGAGGCAAGGAGGGAAGAUAUGAAUCCCGAUUUUCAGUUUUCCAUGGGAGAAGAGUUGGGUGAGAUUCAAGAGUGGGAUAAUGAAGAUCCCGUAGACCAAGUGAAUUUGAAUGAGAUUAUUAAAAGAAAAAUGGGCAAAAAUGAGGAGGGAGAGGAGGAGGAGGGAAAAGAGGAGGAGGAGGAGGGGGAAGAGGAGGAGAUGCCUGUUAAGUUAUUAGGUGAUGCUGGAGCCGCUAGUGAUUCUGACGAUGAAGAAGCAAUCAGCAACUUUUAUGGAAAACUCGAUGAAACAUCAUCCACAACUCUAACCGACAAGUCGUUCCAGGAUCUACAACUAUCUCGUCCUAUUCUAAAAAGUAUACAAACCUUGUCAUUCACCAAACCAACUCCCGUGCAAUCGUCUGCAAUUCCAAUAGCACUAUUAGGUAAGGACAUAGUUGCCGGAGCCCAAACAGGUAGUGGUAAAACAGCAGCAUAUCUAAUCCCCAUUAUAGAAAGACUAUUGUACAAAAACUCAACUUCAACAAAAGCCAUCAUUUUAACACCGACAAGAGAAUUGGCUAUUCAAGUUCAUGAUGUGGGUACCAAAUUGGCACAGUUUGUAAAUAACUUGAAUUUCGGGCUAGCCGUAGGUGGGUUGAAUCUUAGGCAACAAGAACAGCAGUUGAAAUCAAGACCAGAUGUGGUAAUUGCCACGCCAGGUAGAUUGAUUGAUCAUAUUCGCAACAGUCCAAGUUUCAGUGUUGAAGAUGUACAAAUAUUGGUUAUUGAUGAAGCCGAUAGGAUGUUGGAAGAAGGAUUUCAAGAGGAGUUGACUGAAAUAUUAUCGUUGAUUCCAAAAUACAAGAGACAAACACUAUUGUUUUCUGCUACAAUGAAUGCCAAAAUCCACGAUCUUAUUCAACUAACAUUGAACAAACCAGUGAAAAUAAUGAUAGACCUGCCAAAGACUGUUGUUUCGAAAUUGGAACAACAAUUUGUUCGUAUCAGAAAAAGAGAAGAUUUGAAACCAGCAUUACUAUACUUGUUACUAAAAAAAUUGGAAGGAAGGACUGUGGUGUUUAUAAGGACGAAAAUGGAAGCGCAUAAGCUUCGUGUAAUAUUGGGGUUACUCGGGCUAACUGUUGCUGAAUUGCACGGUGCAUUAACUCAAGAGCAGCGUUUAUCCAACGUUAAAGCGUUUAAAAGUAACGUGAAUGUCUUGUUAUGUACAGACUUGGCAGCUAGAGGUUUAGAUAUCCGUAUUGAAUACGUUAUCAAUUAUGAUAUGCCCAAAACGUAUGAGAUUUAUUUGCAUAGAGUUGGUAGAACUGCAAGAGCGGGAAGGAGAGGAACAUCAAUUACAUUUGUAGGUGAGAGUAACCAAGAAAGAAGUAUAGUGAAACUUGCUAUCACAAAUGGUAGAUCCGUAGCCAGAAAAGUUGAUUGGGGUGCAGUUGAAUCCAUAAAUAAGAAGAUCAAAUCAAAAGAAGGCGACAUAGAAGAAGUGCUACAGGAAGAAAAAGAAGCCAAGGAGAUUAUGCAAGCUGAAAUGCAAUUGAACAAAGCAAGCAAUUUAAUACAACAUGAAAAAGAAAUCAAGUCAAGACCAAAGAGAACAUGGUUCAAGAGUGAAGUUAUGCAACAAUUGACAAAGAGUGGACCUAAAGUCAACUCCAAAAAGAGGAAAGCUAGUGAAGAAAAGAAAGAGAGUAAAGAACGUUUGUAUAAGAAAACAAAAGCCGAUAAAAGUAAGAAGAAACCUUCUAUGAAGAAACGAAAGUAG